AUGGACGAGGAGUCACCAGAUGGCCUGCUCUUCAAGGACCAUGACUUCUCCUCUGCCUUGUUGAGGCAACUCAACAGCUUAAGACAAAAUAGGAUCCUGACUGAUGUGAGCAUCUGUGCUGGGGCCUGGGAGGUCCCCUGCCACCGCAACGUGCUGGCCUCUAGCAGCCCCUACUUCAGGGCCAUGUUCUGCAGCAACUUCCGGGAGAGCAAUGAGGCCAAAGUCCAGCUGAAAGGCAUCGACUCCACGACUCUGGACCGGAUGAUCCUGUACGUGUACACGGGGGAGGUGCACAUCACAGCGGAGAAUGUUCUGCCCUUGAUGGAGGCAGCCUCCAUGCUGCAGUACCCCAAGCUGUUCGAGGCCUGCUCCUCCUACCUCCAGGGCCAGCUGACCCCCAGCAACUGCCUGGGCAUGAUCAGACUCUCUGAAAUCUUAAGUUGUGAGACCCUCAAGAAGAAAGCGAGGGAGGUGGCCCUGACCUGUUUCCCAGAGGUGGCCGCAUCAGCUGACCUGAAGGAGCUCUGCGCCUUGGAAUUGAGAGACUACCUUGGAGAUGACGGGCUCUGUGGGGAGGAGGAAAAGGUGUUUGAGGCCCUCAUGGUUUGGAUCAAGCACGACCUCCAGGCCCGCAAACGAUACAUGCAGGAACUGUUCAAGCAAGUCAGGCUUCAGUACAUCCACCCGGCCUUCUUCCACCACUUCAUCGCCAACGACGCCCUCCUUCAGUCCUCGCCCUCAUGCCAGACCAUCCUGGAGGCAGCCAAGAGGCAGAUGUUUUCUUUGUACAGCACCACCAGCGCCCCAGGCCUCCAACCUCCAUGGCAUGUCCCCCCAAGAAACUCUUACCAAGACUUCCUCAUCCUCUUGGGUGGAAGGAAGGACAACCAGCAGACCACCAGGGAUGUUCUGCUGUACAACAGACAGACCGACCAAUGGCAGAGCCUUGUCAAACUCCCGGCCCGGCUGUAUAAGGCCUCAGCUGUCACCUUGCACCGCAGCAUCUAUGUGCUGGGAGGCAUGGCUGUUGGCGCAGGGAAGAGUGUGCCCAGUCACAAUGUCUACAUCUUCUCCCUGAAACUCAAUCAGUGGCGGCUGGGGCAGCCAAUGCUGGCGGCCCGCUACUCCCACAGAAGCACUGCCCAUAAGAACUUCAUCUUCUCCAUCGGGGGCAUUGCAGAAGGGCAGGAGGUCAUGGGCUCCAUGGAGAGAUACGACAGCAUCUGCAAUACCUGGGAGAGCGUGGCCAGCAUGCCAGUGGGGGUUCUCCACCCUGCAGUCGCUGUGAAAGACCAAAGACUCUACCUUUUUGGGGGAGAGGACAUCAUGCAGAACCCUGUGCGUCUUAUCCAGGUUUAUCACAUUUCCAGAAACACGUGGUUCAAAAUGGAGACAAGAAUGAUCAAGAAUGUGUGCGCCCCUGCCGUGGUGCUCGGGGAGCGGAUUGUCAUCGUGGGAGGUUACACAAGGAGGAUUCUUGCUUAUGACCCUCAGUCCAACAAAUUUGUCAAAUGUGCAGACAUGAAAGACCGGAGGAUGCACCACGGCGCCGCAGUGAUGGGGAACAAGCUCUAUGUGACGGGCGGGCGGCGGCUGACCACCGACUGCAGCAUCGAGGACUCAGCCUCCUUCGACUGCUACGACCCCACGACAGACACCUGGACAUCCCAGGGACAGCUGCCUCACAAACUCUUUGACCAUGCCUGCCUCACCCUCCAGUGCAUACCCACACUUCCCCCUUCCUGUGAGCUCAACAAGAAACCGAAAAGCCAACUGUCUUAG